AUGCCGUUCGUCAAGCAGGUCAAGAGCUCGCCGUACUUCAGCCGCUACCAGGUCAAGUACCGUCGCCGCCGCGAGGGCCGCACGGACUACUACGCCCGCAAGCGCCUCGUCGCCCAGGCCAAGAACAAGUACAACGCGCCCAAGUACCGCCUCGUCGUGCGCUUCAGCAACAAGUACGUCUCGGUGCAGAUCAUCUCGGCCAAGAUCCAGGGCGAUGUCGUCCUCACGCAGGCGAGCUCCAAGGAGCUGCCGCGCUACGGCGUCAAGCACGGCCUGUCCAACUGGACUGCUGCCUACGCCACUGGCCUCCUGUGCGCCCGUCGCGCCCUCACCCUGCUCGGCCUCGCCGACAAGUACGAGGGUGUGACUGAGCCCGACGGAACGAUGACCGAGACGGAGGCGCUCGAGGGUGACGACGAGCCGCGCCCGUUCAAGUGCUUCCUCGACGUCGGCCUGAAGCGCACGUCGACGGGUGCCCGUGUCUUCGGUGCCCUCAAGGGCGCCUCGGACGGCGGCCUGUACGUGCCGCAUUCGGAGAAGCGCUUCCCCGGCUACGACGCCGAGACGAAGGAGCUUGACGCCGAGGUGCUGAGCGGCUACAUCCGCGGCUCGCACGUCGCCGAGUUCAUGGAGUCGCUCGAGGAGGAGGACGACGAGCGCUUCAAGAAGCACUUCUCGUCGUACCUCGAGGACGACAUUGGCUCGGACGACAUCGAGGGCAUCUGGGAGGAGGCCUACGAGAAGAUCCGCGAGGACCCCGAGUACAAGCCGACGGACAAGUCCAAGGACUGGGCCGCCGAGAGCAAGAAGUACAAGGCCACCAAGCUCACGUACGCCGAGCGCAAGGCCAAGGUGCAGGAGAAGAUUGCCGCCUUCAAGGCCGGCAAGUAAGCCUCUGCUGUGCCGUUCCGCCUGCUCGUCACCCUGUAUUUCCCCUCUCUCUCCCCUCGCAUCUCAGAAUCGUCCCCCUCCC